CGGAGUUCUUCAGUUUAACGUGAUUAACGCGUUUUAAGUGUUUUAAGUGUUUCCGGUCGAGCUCAGACUGAGAUAGGAACAGUUGAACAUCCGGUAGGUUAAUGUACCGAGCUUGUGCCUCUACCGGAGAUCUGUCGGUGUCUCAUGGAGCGAGCUGACCGGAGCGUCCUGAAGAACCAGCCGUACGACGAGAGUCUAGAGGUGCUGGACUCCGAAGAGUUGGUGAGCACCUGCAGCCCCGUAACCCAGGUAACCAGUCAGCGUCAGAUAACCCCGUCCAGAUCCAGGAGGAGGGGGCGGGGCCUGAUGUCGGCCAAUAGCAGCAGCGAUGAGUUUGAUGAGGAAAAACCUCAGCGGGCAGCGGAGCCAAUCAACGGGCAGCAGGGGGGCAGCCCCAAUGAGGAAGAGGAGGAGGAGGAGGAAGAGGAUGACGAUGAUGAGGAGGAUGACUCUGAUGAAGACGACACGGAGGACGAAGGUGAGGCGGUGGAAGGAGCGUACGACCCGGCCGACUACGCCAACCUGCCCGUCAGCACCGAGAUCAAAGAGAUGUUCCAGUACAUCACACGUUACACUCCUCAGACGAUGGAGCUGGAUCACAGCCUGAAGCCGUUCAUCCCAGACUUCAUCCCCGCCGUGGGCGACAUCGACGCCUUCCUCAAGGUGCCGAGGCCGGACGGGAAAACAGAAAGUCUUGGUCUGCUGGUUCUGGACGAGCCCAGCGUGAAGCAGUCGGACCCCACGGUGCUGUCGCUGUGGCUGUCAGAGGAGAGUAAACAACACGGAGCCGCAGAGCUGAAGAAGGUGACGAGCGUGGCGAGUCCUCAAGUGAACCCUCGUGCGUUGGACAGCUGGGUGGAGAGUAUCAGCGCUCUGCACCGCUCCAAACCUCCGGCCAGCGUUCAGUACGUGCGUUCGAUGCCCGACAUCGACAGUCUGAUGCAGGAGUGGCCUGCGGAGCUGGAGGAGCUGCUGGGUCGCCUGCAGCUGCCUCCUGCUCGCCUCCACUGCUCCCUGCAGGAAUACUGUGACUCCAUCUGUAGUCUGCUGGACAUCCCCGUCUACUCCUCCAGAGUCCAGAGUCUGCACCUCCUCUUCAACCUCUACCUGGAGUUCAGAGACUCCCAGCACUUCACACGCACAGUGUAGACACACACACCCAGAUACACACACACACAGACACACACACACACACAGAUAUACACACACACACUGACACAGAGAUGCACACACACACACAGAUACACAGAUACACACAGAGAUACACACAGAGACACACACACAGAUACACACAGAGAUACACACACACACACACAGAUAUACACACAGAGAGAUACAUACAGAGACACACACACUCAGAUACACACAGAGACACACCCACAGAGAGAGAGACACACACACACAGUGACUGACUUCAGAUCUGUUUGUUGGUUCAGAAAGUUUUUAUAAAGUUUUGAUUCUUUUUUUCAUUUCUUCUGUUUUAUAUAUUUUAUUUUUU